AUGUUCGACUGCGGUCCAAAGGCUCCAUAUAUUGCUGGACAGAGGGACAAGUUUUUAAGGCUGGAUGAUCUGGACUCGAGACUAUCAUCCCCUUCAUCUUCAGUGCCGACCAACAAAUGCAACUUUGGUAUCGAUGGUUUGGGACGUGGCAACAACAUAUCUCAUGCUCCGUCGAGAUCUUUCAAAAAAGGUGUAAAAAAGGGAUCUCAGGGACUAAAAUCUAUUGGCCGGUCCCUUGGAUUCGGUGUCUCACGGGCCGUAUUCCCGGAGGACCUCAAAGUUUCCGAGAAGAAGAUAUUCGACCCGCAAGACAAGGUCCUCACGAUCUGGAACAAGCUUUUUGUGAUGUCUUGUAUCCUGGGUGUGUCUGUAGACCCCCUUUUUUUCUUUCUUCCAGUCUUCAACAAGUCGUCAAACUGCUUGGACAUAGACAGGAAAUUGGCCAUCACAGCCACCACACUUCGUACAUUGGUUGAUGUAUUCUAUCUUAUUCACAUGUGUCUCCAGUUCCGGACGGCUUAUAUUGCGCCUUCGUCUCGGGUGUUUGGCCGGGGUGAACUUGUGAUAGACACUGCAGAGAUUGCCAAGAGAUACUUGAAGUGCUAUUUUAUAAUCGAUUUCCUUGCCGUGCUACCCCUUCCACAGAUUGUUGUGUGGAGAUUUCUACAGAGGUCAAAAGGCUCGGAUGUACUGACUACAAAGCAAGCACUAUUUUUUAUCAUUUUGCUUCAGUAUAUUCCCAGAUUUGCCCGAAUUUUGCCACUAACUUCUGAACUGAAAAGAACUUCCGGUGUCUUUGCUGAAACUGCUUGGGCCGGUGCAGUUUCUUAUUUGCUGCUAUACAUGCUUGCUAGCCACAUAGUAGGGGCCCUCUGGUACUUGUUGUCUGUGGAACGUAAUGACACAUGCUGGCAGAGGGCUUGUAAACACAGUGGGAGUUGUAUCACAGAUUUCUUGUACUGUGGAAAUCAAAGGAUGAAUGGUUACAAUACUUGGAGCAACAUUAGUGAAUCUGUUUUAACCUCAGCUUGUCCUGUGGUUGAUGAGAAAAAUUCGCCAUUUGAUUUCGGAAUCUUCAGGCAGGCUUUAGCAUCCGGGAUAGUUUCAUCAAGGAAGUUCUUGUCCAAGUACUGUUACUGUCUGUGGUGGGGCCUGCAGAAUUUGAGCACACUUGGACAAGGCCUUGAAACCAGCACUUAUCCUGGGGAGUCUUUAUUCAGCAUAGCGCUUGCUAUUUUCGGACUCAUUCUCUUUGCAUUGUUGAUUGGGAAUAUGCAGACAUACCUGCAAUCACUUACUAUUCGACUGGAAGAGAUGAGGGUGAAAAGGCGUGACUCGGAGCAAUGGAUGCAUCAUCGGCUGCUACCGCCCGAUCUGAGGGAGCGAGUGAGGCGUUAUGAUCAGUACAAAUGGCUGGAGACUCGUGGGGUCGAUGAAGAGAGUCUUGUCCAGAGUCUGCCCAAAGAUCUCAGACGAGACAUCAAACGUCAUCUGUGUCUGGGUUUGGUGAAGAGGGUGCCGCUGUUUGAGAAGAUGGACGAGCGACUUCUAGACGCGAUCUGCGAGCGGCUGAAGCCGUGCCUGUACACGGAGAGCAGCUACAUCGUGCGUGAGGGUGACCCUGUGGACGAGAUGAUCUUCCUAAUCCGCGGCCGCCUCGAGAGCGUGACCACCGACGGUGGCCGAAGCGGCUUUUUCAACCGCAGCCUCUUAAAAGAAGGUGACUUCUGCGGGGAGGAACUCUUGACUUGGGCCCUCGACCCAAAGUCGGCCUCCAAUCUCCCCUCGUCCACUCGCACUGUGCACGCACUCUCAGAGGUCGAGGCCUUUGCCUUGUCGGCCGACGAGCUCAAGUUUGUGGCCGGCCAGUUCCGGCGUCUCCACAGCCGGCAGGUGCAGCACACUUUCCGAUUCUACUCUCAGCAGUGGCGCACUUGGGCCGCCUGCUUCAUCCAGGCCGCUUGGCGACGCUAUUCCAAGAGGAAGCUCAGAAGAAAGGAGGAGGAAUUGGCCGCCGCUGGUGGGGGGUCAUACAGUAUUGGGGCCACUUUCCUGGCGUCGAGGUUCGCAGCCAAUGCCUUGCGCGGGGUCCACAGGAACCGGAAUCUCAAGAGCACAAGGGAGUUGGUUAAGCUGCAGAAACCUCCGGAGCCUGAUUUCACCAUUGAUUGA